CGAGCCAGCAGCGGGUCUCGCCUGUCCUCCAGCUGAGGGAGCUCGGCGUAUCCCCGCUUCUGUCCCGCCUCGCCUUUGCGGGACGUCUUUGUCUGACCCAACCUGCGUUCCGUGAUUUUCUGCGCCUACCGGGACUGUGAGGGAGCCGCGAAGGUCUGGGGUGCCCGGAGGAAGCGCCGCACAGGAGCCUCGGGGCCAGGGUUUGAAGGGCUUUGACCUCCACACUCUGGGCAUGGGUAUAAUGUUACUUUCUCUGGGAUCAGAGCCAGCUGCCUCGGUUCUCGUUUGUGGUUAGGGGUCUGGAAGUCCGGGUCCAGGAUAACUCAGUGUUACCGCCACCCUCCCUUGUGCCAGAGGCCUUCGACCUUCCCCACCGACCCUCCACCCUCUUUCCAUCUUGCCACUACCUGGGGCAAAAAAAAAAGUCCGUCUACAAGAGCCAGUCUGUUUGCACAGAGAAAAAAUUCAGAUGCUUUUCGUCGACCUCCAUCUGAUGAGAAAAUUGACGCAUAGAUGUUAUCUGAACCAGAUAAUACCUUAAAUCGUAAAACUGGGUGCAACGUUGGACAGUCUGACUCUGGAAUCUACACACAUAACUACUGCAUUUCACUGGCCCUUCAGUAAGUUCCAAAAGAUGAGUCGUGGAUAUUCAGAAAACAACAAUUUCCUGAACAAUAACAACCAAAUGGUAUUGGACAUGAUCCUUUAUCCAUUAAUUGGAAUCCCUCAGACCAUCAACUGGGAAAGCAUUGCAAGACUUUUACCUGGAUUAACACCCAAAGAGUGUGCAAAAAGGUUUGAUGAACUGAAGAGCAGUGGCAGCUCACCUGUUGACAACCACUAUAAUCCCCUAAUGGCUGCUGGAGAGAGUCCUAUUGAAACUUUAGCCACAUACAUCAAAUCUUCACUUCUUGACACACAGGGAGAUUUUCAGGAGACUCCAGUUGGUCAGGAUGCAGUUUCCAAAACAGGAAGACAUAGUAUAGCUUCCACAAGGAAUUGUUCUUCAGAAAGUGAAAAUUGUACUACCCAUAAUGGUGGAGAAAAGACUGAAGAAUCUGAAGGGCCAAACAUGGUGAUUCAUGUAUGUGAUGAAGGAAAAAACUUGAAAGAAGAUUUUAUUUGCCCACGAGAUCUUUUGAUAUCAGAAAUGAAGUACUUUGCUGAAUAUUUAUCUAUGGAUGCCCAGCGCUGGGAAGAGGUGGACAUUUCAGUUCAUUGUGACGUUCACAUUUUCAACUGGUUGAUAAAAUACGUUAAAAGGAACACUAAGGAGAAUAAAGAUUGUGAGAUGCCCACUUUAGAACCAGGAAAUGUCAUUUCAAUUCUUAUUUCUUCAGAGUUUUUGAAAAUGGAUUCACUAGUAGAACAAUGUAUUCAGUACUGCCACAAAAAUAUGAAUGCCAUAGUAGCUACUCCAUGCAACAUGAACUGUAUUAAUGCAAAUCUUCUUACACGAAUAGCUGAUCUGUUCACACAUAAUGAAGUUGAUGAUUUAAAAGACAAAAAAGAUAAGUUUAGGAGUAAACUUUUUUGUAAGAAGAUUGAGAGACUGUUUGAUCCUGAGUACUUGAAUCCAGAUUCUCGGAGUAAUGCAGCAACGUUGUAUAGAUGCUGUUUGUGUAAGAAACUUUUAACAAAAGAAACAGAAAGAAGGAUUUCUUGCAUUCCUGGAAAAAUCAAUGUGGAUCGACAUGGAAAUAUCAUCUAUAUUCAUAUAAGCUGGAUGUGGUGGUGCAUGCCUGUAAUCCCAGCAAUUUGGGAGACAGAAGCAGGAGGAUCCCAAGUUCAAACCCAGCCUGGAGAUAAGACUUGGGAUGUUCAUGAGUAUUUGAAUAGUCUUUUUGAAGAAUUAAAAUCUUGGAGAGAUGUGUAUUGGAGAUUAUGGGGAACAGUCAACUGGCUGACUUGUUCAAGGUGUUUUCAGUUUGUCGCCAGGAGGAAGACGGUAGAUCUGGAGGAGCAGCCAUCUGAUGAGGAGAAGGCUUUUCUCUGUAUUGAAUUUUCACAUUGUCAGUACCACUCAGAAAUGAUAGUUUAUCCCACUGCAGCGAGUUCACUGAGUGCUGCUGGCACUGGAAUUUACCCUUGCUGUAACCAAAAAGUUCUUCGGUUUGAUCCUACUCAGCUUACAAAGGGCUGUAAAGUGAGAGACCACAUGGUUGCUCUUCGUGAUCAGGGUGAAGGAGGGGAUCUGCCGUCUUGUCCAACAUCUAGAACACUGGAUGAUCUGCAGAAGCACAAAGAUGUCAUUGUUGUGCCUUUUUCUAAAGAUACAGUUAGUGGUCCUGUGGUUGGCUCCAGUGAUGAGAAGGGUCCAGAGUGUGAUGCUUUACUGGAGCCACAUACAUCAUGGGGCCCCCAAACUGGAGAGCUCAAUGCUUUCUUGUCAUUGAAAAACUGGACUCUGCAACUAAAACAACAGUCAUUAUUUUCAGAAGAAGAAGAAUAUACCACUGGAUCUGAAGUCACUGAAGAUGAAGUUGGUGAUGAGGAAGAAGUAUCCAAGAAACAAAGGAAAAAAGAGAAGCCAAAGAGGUUCACAAAACAACCAAAAAAGCAGAUGUCUUCACCUUGUGCUCAAAAGAAAGAAAAGCCAUUGGAGAAGUCAGCUUCUAGAGAUGUGUCUCCCUUCAUUGUGAGUAUGCAGAAGAAUAAGUGGGAUGCCACAAGAUCUCUGAGAUUCAACCAGGAUGCACAAAGAGAAGACGACCAGCGGCGGAUGUCUGAAAUUACAGGGCAUCUAAUAAAAAUGAGAUUGGGUGAUUUGGACCGAGUCAAGUCAAAAGAAGCAAAGGAAUUUGCAGGAGGUAUUUAUUCCAGGCUUGAAGCACAAAUUAAAGCCUCAGUGCCAGUUAGUACGCGGCAAAGCAGCUCAGAGAAGAACACAAGAUCCAAAAGUCGUUUUGGUCAAGGGCGUCCUGGAUAAACCACCUUAAAAUAUAAAGACAGAAGGUACUCGUGGACAUCUGAAAUGCUCACUUCUUGAAGACCUUCAGAAUGAUGACUUCUGGAUGUUUUAUUUAUUAAUUACUCCUGCAAGGCACAUAAAUCAUAAUACUGAAGAUGCAUAUAGUUAGGUUUUAUGAAAAUCUAAUUGUAAAUAUGAAUCCUCUUAAAUCUAAUUUUUAGUAUGAUUCUAGGCUAUGUAGAAAACAAUUAUUUACAAAUUUUGCAUUGUUAAAAUUCCUAAUAUUUGUUAUUCUUUAUUUGAAAGAAAAGUUUCAAUUGUUACAUCACUAAGUUCUUUUAAGACAUUAAAAAAAUUAGGGGUACACAACUGCUAGUAUUCCUGUGCAUGUGCACUAACUGUACUGUCUCUUGGGCUGUAAAUCUUGGGGGUAAUAUUGAGAACCGCAGUUUGUAUGAUAUUACCAGUGAUGUUAAGCUUGCAUGAAUAUUAAGGAGUGAAAGAGCUCAAGACUGCAUUGAAGUUUCAAGGUAAGUAUUUCAAUACUGUGUUAGGCAGAAGGAUUUUUUUCAGCAUUAUUCUGUCGAAAGUACAAUAUUAAUCCAACUUUUAUUUCUUUCAGUUUUUAAUGCUUAUGUAUAGGUCAUCUGAACUGAUCAUUACCUCUUUUCUCUGAGAAGCUAGUGCUAUUAUAGAUUUGUUAAAAUAACUCUUGGUAGAUUUAGGAUAGUAACUCUCUUCAGUUGUAUGGGACACUCACCAUAACCAUUUUUAGUGUUUUGAGGUCCAUCUAUAUUUCUAUAACCAUUUAUAUAUACCUUUAAAACACAAUUUCUUGUUACUUUAACAGUGUCUGAAAAAUUCCCACAUACAUUUGAUGGGUGAAAACUUUCAUAUAUUCAAGAAAAACCAAAAUAAAAUUAAAAUUCUAUUUUAUAGAUCAUGUUUUAGUUUUUCUAACCAGGCAGAAAGAAUGCUCAGGGAAAAACUGUUCCAAACCAUAAGCAUAUUAUAAAUUAUGUGUUUGGAAGUUACUUAUAUAUAGAUCUCUGAAAAACUUUAAGAUGCACUGUUUCUUUUUUUGGUCUUCAUUUGCCUUGUAGUUGAAAUGUGUUCAAAUUAUUCAGAGAAUAGACUGAUACUUUGUGACUGAACAGCCAUCUUUUGAAAUGUUCAAUUGUUAUAUUUAGUUUACACAUUCAGAAAUCAUUGUGGGGUGUUUUUUUUGUUGUUUUUUUUUUUGUUUUGGUACUGGGGAUCGAACUCAGGUCCUUGCACUUGCACAGCAGGCAGGGAAACCACUGAGCUAAAUCUCCACCUCCAGAAAUCAUUGUUUUUAGUUAGUAUUUUAGUUGAUAUUUGAGCUAUUGAUUUGAUAUUAUAGGUGUUGCUUUGCCAAAGUUUUUGAACUUAGGUUUGGAAAUUUUUGUUUCAGCAUAUAUUUAUUUCAAUUAUUUAAUAUUUUGGAAAUAGAUUAUACCAUAUUUAUUUCCAAAAGCAAAUGUUUUGUUGUACAUUAAAACCCUGUUAAAUACCUUUCUUGUGGUGGUUUAAGAUAUUCACUGGUAAAAAGAUUUGGGUUUAUAUAUGUAAACAGUGUUGUGAUGGUGACAAUUAGAGAAGGAAAAGAUGCGUUUUUAAUUUAUGAUAAAAAUGCAAACUGCUGUACCACUGAAUUUAUUUUUAAAAACCAGAAUUUAAGUCUCUGUAGAAUGUCCUUUUUGUUUUGUUAAUGUCUGUCUGUAAUACAUGGCACAGGAACCACCAACAUUUUACUCAAACUUGUUACACUUCUUUUACCAGAUACUUUGAGGUUUUACCUUACAUUCUGAAUUCAUAUUUCUUUGACUGAAAUAAAUGUUAAUGACACAA